GGUUACGGAGGAUCCCGAACAGGCACGACGCAGCCGUCGUCGAUGAGCGGCCGAGUCGACGGAACAACGACCAACCAGCGCAACGGCUGCUCACGUGGGAAGAUGGCCGAUGACGCGCCGGAGGAAGCGACGAUCGAGGCGCUCGAGGCCGACAUACAAGUGCUGGCGGACCAUAUCAAGGACUUGCAAGAUGCACUCGACGCAAAGACGGCUGAGAGCGUGCGCUGGAAGACUGCCUAUGACCAUGUGCAUGAUGACCAUGUGGCCGCAACCAUGGCGCUGGCAACGAUGCGGCAGACGCUGCAGGCAAGCCAACAAGCCAAUAUCGACGUCACAUUGCAGUUGGCGCAGCUCCAGCAGGCGAGUGCCCGAACAGAAGACACUUCAAAUGACUUGGCGCGGGCGCUACGGCAGCAAGAAACACACGCCCACCGCCUCGAGCAAGAGCUUUGCGAGCUCCAACGACGGCAGCAGCAGCAUGAACGACUUCAAGCCGAGUGGGCGCAAGAGAGAGCGCAGUUGCAACGGGCGCUGCAGCUCGAGCAAGAUCAGCGCAUGGACCUGGAAGCCGAUGCAGUGCACCAAAAGCAUCUGCACCAAGCGGCCAUCGAGGCGCACAUGGCGCAGCAAUCAAAGCACAGAGACAUACUGACGAGCUUGCGCCAGGACGUUGCGCACCUUGAGAAAGAGCUUAUUGAGGCACGAGCACCGCCAGUACCGUGGGCCCAUCGCACUAUGCCCCCACCAGCGCCACGCAUUGCACCACUGCGGGUGCACGCCGAUCUCGUUGAGAUACCGGUCACCGAGUCGAUCUUGCCCAACCGAGUCGACGAUACGCACGUCAAGUCCUCAACGUCGACGCUUGCCAAGCGGGCUGUGCCCAAGUACGCCCAACACAUCUUCCCGAGUCCCACGUAGACCCUUCUCUUGCCAUCGUCCGAGACCUUUAGGUAUAAGUAC